UACCCACACUUUUCAACGGGUAGAGCCAGGCCUGUUUAAACCGAGCCCAAGUUACAUCCAAGAAACGUGCUCGAUCGACGUGACGAAACAACGAACGAUCGAAACUGAAUGAAGUAUUCAGAUUCAGAUUACUCACUCAUGUUUUUGUAAAACUUCACAAAUUUUCGAAAUAUCACAAUGUCUGCACUCGUUUCUCGAACAUCCAUAUCUGUUUUGGCUGCUGUUGCCGGCACCAUGUUUGUCUCUUAUUGUAUCUAUUUCGAUCGUAAGCGACGCUCAGAUCCAGAAUUUAGAAAAAAACUGAAAGAAAAGCGCAAACGCCGUAAGAAUGUCUCAAAAGAUGGUUCUACAGUUCUUCCUGAUCUGAAAGAUCAUGAAGCUGUCCAGCAAUUUUUCCUUCGUGAGGUUCAAAUGGGUGAAGAAUUACUUGCCCAAGGUGACAUCGAAGAAGGAGUUGAACAUCUUAGCAAUGCAGUUGCUGUCUGUGGUCAACCUCAACAAUUACUUCAAGUUCUUCAACAAACAUUACCACCUCAGGUUUUCCGCCUACUUCUUGAGCGUUUGCCAGUGGUUGGACAGAGGUUAAUGGUGAAUGCAGCUCAGUCUGGAUUAGGAAUGGCUGAAGAUGAUGUUGAGUAGACUGUCAAAUGUUUUGGUACAAUCCUUGUUAUAUGAAGUCCAAUAACAUUGUCAUGAGCAAGAGUUCUUUCUAGUAAACUACCCAUCAUCUGUGUAGCAAUUGGUAAUCACAUUCAAACAAAUUAAAUGAAUAAAAAUGAGUAAUGUUCAUA